UUAAAAUUUUGGUUUUAAUCAUGAAAAAUAAGCCCAUUUGACUACCAGCCCAAAGUUCUAAUACGUCGAAAUUCGAAUAGAGAAACUGUACGAAUGUGUGAAAGUUGCAAUUAGAUAAAAAAAAAUCUAGGGUUCCAAAUGGCCCUCUUUUGCUCACCCUGUAAACCACCAAUUCUGUGCCCUAAAUUUCCAAGAAAUUAUUAUGCGAUUCAAAGGCCCUUGAAAUCCAACACCCCAAUUCUCGAAACCCCCUAUUUCAAAAUCUCAAUAUCUGCUCCAACUAAAAUUUUCAACAAUAAAGCUAAAUGUAGCUCAAAUUUAAGCUCUUCCGCUGAAUUGGAAGAAGAUCCUCCCUCCAGUGUCGUAAUCUUCGUAAAAGGGUUAGCCCUAUCAACGGGGGAGGGAGGGCUCAAGGCAGCAUUUUCGCGAUUUGGAGAAGUCAGUCGAGUGAAACUCGUACUCGACAAGAAAACUAAGCAACCCCUCGGAUUUGCUUAUGUCUGGUUCGUGAGAGAGGAGCAUGCACGAACAGCCAUUGAAGAUAUGAACGGCCAGUUCUUCGAGGGCAGAUUCAUACACGUGGCCCUCGCGAAGCCCGGUUCCUGCAAAACUCGUCCGAAGCCCAGCGCUUACAAAUUCUAGGUGGCAUGCUAAUUCUACCUCAACCAAAUAAGGUGAGAUAGAAGAGUGUGCUAUGCAACUACAGUAAUUGCUGCUGUUUGUAUAUAGAUUAUGGUGUACAUAGAUAGCACUGUCAUUUUUUUGCACUUUAUAAGAUAAUCUAUGUCUGUUUCGAAAUGAACUGUUACACGAUUCUGCGAUUUGCUCGAACUCGUGUUACGCGAUUACAAGAAGGUUUCAACGUGUCGUCGUGUAACAGUGUUAAUAAUAUUGUUAUACGAUUACACGAUUGGAAUCUCAAAACCGUGUAACGGUUAGGGGUAUAUCAACGAAAAGUAUCUAAAGUUUGCCAAUUUUUUAA